UAUACGGCGGCCGUACGGCCAGUCGGAAGCAGCCGUUUUAUUAAUUUUUAUUCAAACCACCUGGAGGUAGCUGGUAGCAAAAUGUUAAAACGGCUAUUAGGGUUUACGACUCGCCGUACCGCCGCCGGAGAGUAAAUAUGACUGAGGCAUAACUUCAUUUUGUACAGUAUGCACAACCUAAAAAUUUAACCAUGGUUCAACGCUAUUGGGCGCCCUGUAACUUAAACGAAUUUCUGCCAUUCAAUUCAUCGACGAAGCUUCGUAGAUCUCUGUCAUUUUUUUCAGAGUACCAACUCCAGGAAACUUUUCGAGAACUUCAUGAACGGAAGAUGUGUCAGGUACAAGGUGACGAAUCUUUGAUGAUGGAGGAGGAGAAAACGUUCACAAGGAGUUCAACAUGUAUGAAGUGUGAAGAAGCAGCCGUUGUCAUUGCAAGAGUAAAAGAUGCCUUUUGUAGAAAUUGCUUUUUAGCUUAUGUAACCCAUCGCUUCAAAGCUACCAUAGGAAAAUCAAGAUUGAUACGUGACAAAGAAAAGGUUCUGGUUGCAUUCUCUGGUGGUCAGAACUCGUCUGCAGUGGCUCGAUUGAUUCAAGAAGGACGCUCAGAGAAUCAGCAUAAGAAAUUCAGAUUCAUUCCAAGUCUCAUCUACAUUGAUGAUGGGAUUAUCAUGGAUCAGACUGCAUCAGAGAGGUGUACAAACAGAGAGAUUGUUACUAAACUCAUGAGUGCAUAUGAUAUACCAUCAUGUGUUGUUCCACUAGAAGAGGUUGUCAACAUGAGACAUUCUUAUGAAUCUACUCCUAGAGGUAAAGAUGAUGAUGAUGUUGCCACAGCAACAAAACAUCUUAAUCAACUCAGUAUAAAUGAUGCAGACAGUCAAAGAUUACUAGAAAUCUUGAACAGCGCCAAGUCGCUGACGGCAAAAGAAGAUCUUAUCCAAACUCUUAGGCAUAGGCUUCUUGCUGACGUUGCCAAACGGACUGGCCAUACCAAGAUCAUGUUGGGUGACAAUGGAACCAAUCUAGCAUCAAGGGUGCUCUCCGGUAUGGCGCAGGGUCGCGGGGUCACCGUUCCACUCCAGGUCACGUUUGCAGACAACAGAGAGGGAGACAAUACAUUUGUCAGGCCUUUAAGGGAGUUCCCUAGUCGUGAAGUUGCACUGUACAACCAUUUGAUGGGUGUAGAAUCUGUGUGUUUGCCCACUCCGACAACCAAGGCAAGCCAGUAUGCAAGCAUCAAUAAACUCACCAGUGAAUUUAUAAACGGUCUACAAGUUGGCUUUCCCUCGACCGUUUCAACUGUACUAAGGACAGGGGAAAAAUUGUGCACAGCCUUGUCUUCUGGAGAUGGGGACAAUUGUAUCAUGUGUAAGGGUCCCCUAGAUACUGAUGUCCCAGCAUGCUCUGCCUUGAAGUCUACCCAGCAUUCCCUAGCUGAGCUCACUGACACAGAUAGAGGAGAGCAGACACAUUGUAAUUCAUCAUUGUCUUGUGAGUCAGCCAGCGAUCAGUCAUCGACAGAGUGCUGUGGGCAAGGUGACGGCAGCUGUCAUAGCACCAGGAAAGUCAUAUCAUUUGGAGAAAUGUCAAGGUGGUUGUGUUACGGCUGUAGGAUAACAAUACGAGAUAUGAAAGAAGUAAAUGCCCUUCCAGAUUAUGUUUUAGAGGAAGCAGGAAGAAGGCAGAGAAGGUCUGUGAUGAAAGAAGAAAUUCAGGACUUUUUAGUGACGGAUGAAGACAGAUAACAAACAAAAACAGGAUAUUCAUUUGCAUUUUUUUCCUCAGAGAGUCAGAGUAAACUUUGAAUUAUAAAAUAGGGCUGAUAUUCAAUCCUAUUCUUGGGUUAGAGCUCAAGUUAGACAAUCCUAACAACAAGUUUAAUUUAAUCAAUAGAGAUUAAAUGAAAUCAAAAUAAACACUGAAAAUUCACCAAAAAGGAUGUGAAAUAAGAACGUCAUGACAGUUUGCAAUUUUGCUUAAUAUCACAAACAGGUUUAUGUACAGCACAGAAGUGCGCAAAGGAGAGAGUUAAUGAUGACAUGAUUGACAUCAUUUAUUGAAUUUUUCUUUUUGUUUUGGUAUUUUAUCAUAAUCAUCAUAGACUUCCUGAAUAAAGAAGAUCUUGAUUGAAUCAAACUCAAUUACAACAGAAAUGGCAAUACACAUGUCCAUGCUGCAGUGAAAUCAUGUUUCAUAUUUUUUUUUUUUUUAAUGAAAUUUUUAUAUUUUCAUUUUAUAAAAUACAAAAGAAAUAGUGAGUGUGUGACAUUACCAGCUCUAUUACUUGCAUACUGCCCAUAUUGUGCAUAUUAUUGUUUUGUGAAAUCGAGGAAACAUUUAAAGUGUUUUAGCUUUCUUAAUUUACAUCUGAUUAUGAUGACAUUUGCAGUGUUGUGGUUGUUUAAUCUAUCUCUGUUUAAUUCAAACAACUUGUUGUUGAGAUGGACUUUUAACUUUUGAAAAGUAUCUUGCCUGUCUAAAAGAAAUACUUAGUUUCUUGUAAGUUUUAGUAAUUCCUGCAAGUAGUAUUAUUCAUUAUUCCAGUCUAUUACUACAGAAUAUGAAUGACUGUGCCUGUCCUAGAACUGUAAUUGUUUGCAUGAUAUGAAAUUUAAAAAUGUCUAUUUUUGUAGAUUUUAUUUUACGAUUUGACGGCACUGACUAAAAUAAAAUAAUCGUGCAGUUUUCUUUUUUUUGUGUGAAACCACUUUCAAGAAUGGAAUGGGCUGAAAAUCUCAGGAUAUAAUCAUUAUUGGAACUUUCAGAUAUGUAAAAUAGGCAUUCAGCUAACAUUUUUAAAGAAUGAUAAAAAGAUUACCGAUAGAAGCUGCUAGAAUGAAUUAACAAUGAUCAAUGGAUGAAAACACAACACUAAAAAAAUAUUGGAAUGGCAGAUCAUGUAGUACAAUAUAAUUCGCAUCAUUUACAGCUUAUUGUGAGCAUUGAGCAUAUUGAGAGUAACGUGAUGUUAGAUGGUAUAUUGAUUAUUCUAAUUUAUUUAUUUUUUGCACAAUUUUAUUGACAAUGUUUUAGACUUACAUGCUUGUUUAAAGUGUGGCGAUUCGUCCCAUCAUGUCAGAACAGUGGAAAGAGAUUUUUAGCUCUUCAGUCUCACUAUGAAUGAGGCUGCAGUGUGCAGCUAGUAUGAUACAAGACUAUUAUGUCAUAUUGACUCAUUAUCUAGGGAAAUGUGUUUGCUAAUAAAUUAUGACAUCAAAACUUA